GCGGGAGUCCGAGCCCCGGGAGGUGGAUGGCACGCGGGGCGCGCGCAGCAUGCAGUCGCUCAACAUCACCCCAGAGCAGUUCUCCCGGCUGCUGCGGGACCACAACACGACACGGGCGCAGUUCAUCGCGCUGUACGGGCUGCGGCCGCUGGUCUACACCCCGCAGCUGCCUGGGCGCGCCAAGCUGGCUUGAGUGCUCACCGGCGUGCUCAUCUUCGUCCUAGCGCUCUUUGGCAACGCGCUGGUGGUCUACGUGGUGACCCUCAGCGAGGCCAUGCGCACCGUCACCAACAUCUUCACCUGCUCCUUGGCGCUCAGCGACCUGCCCAUCGCCUUCUUCUGUAUCCCGGUCACUAUGCUCGAGAACAUCUUCAACAACUGGCUGGGGGGUGAGUCCGCGCGCUUUCCUUCUCCCCUAAUCCCCAGCCUUCCAGGGGACCCCCUCCACAACACACACUCUACUCUUCUGACUUUCUUCCAUUUUUCUCUUUACCAAAUGAAUCCAUUGUAUUCUGAUGAUUUUAACGUUUUUGCAUGUAUGGUCUGGCUGGUGGCAGUCAUCAUAGGCUCCCCCAUGUGGCAUGUGCAACGACUUGAGAUUAAGUAUAACUUCUUAUAUGAAAAAGAACACAUCUGCUGCUUGGAAGAGUGGACCAGCCCUGGGCACCAGAAAAUCUAUAGUACCUUCAUCCUUGUCAUCCUCUUCCUCCUGCCUCUUAUGGUGAUGCUUAUCCUGUACAGUAAGAUCGGCUAUGAACUUUGGAUAAAGAAAAGAGUGGGGGAUGGCUCAGUGCUUCAAACUAUUCAUGGAAAAGAAAUGUCAAAAAUUGCCAGGUCUGUUUAAUGGAAUAUUCACCUCUGUUUAAAAUAUUUUUAGUUUGAUAUAUAUACACAAAUAUGCAUAAAAUAGAUAACUAAUAAGAACCUGCUGUAUUAAAAUAUAUAUAUAUAUUUUUUUAAUUAGUUGUGCUGGAAGAGACUAU